UCUUGAACAUGCUGUAUUGUCAACAAGAGAUCGUCUUCUGUGCGGAGUUCGCUACACCGGCAGCCAUAUCCCAAUGAUGGAUAUUAACAAGAAGCCGUAUCGUAAAAAUCCAUACAGAACCAGUGUGCUAUUCUGCUUACUGUCCUCAUUGUGCUGGAUAUACUCAACAUGUGCCCAAGAAACAUCAUGUGGAGCCGUCAAUCGAUCCACUCAACUGGUUAAGAACGAUAAAAGUGUUCUUCAGAGUUACGUCUCUUACACUACUGCUACUGCUACUAGAAGCACACCACGAACGAGGCUGUCGUCCAGCACACCAUACACAGUAGUUUUCGAGUAUCCUGGGAAUUGCAACUUGGUAGCUCGUAAGAUUUCGUUCGCGUCACUAGGUCUGUGUGACUUAAGGGUAACACGUCAACAGCACAAUGGAGAGGUGUGGUCAAGUUGGACAUCUGUACAAUUUUCUCAUCACCAGCAUAAUGAUAGAAAUGGAGCGAAGUGGUACGAUGAACUAAGGAUAGUACUACCCAUUGUGAGACGUACCCGUAUCAGAUUUAAAAUACGGAACCGAAAUGGAUGUCACACACCCCUGGUCGGUACUGAGCCAUUCAUAUCUCUGGUUUGCGAGGAUGUAAAUGAAUGUACAGAAACUCCACAUCCAUGCAAUCCGUACAGUGGAGUUGAUUCUGGCCGAUGUUUCAACAACUAUGGUUCCUACUCCUGCGUGUGCCACUCCUCGUUUACACAGGCUGGCGGAACAUGCCAAGAUAUCAAUGAAUGCGGGAAUGACGAAGAGAUCUGCAAAAGAGAAGUCAACAGUUAUUGUCACAAUUCCAUCGGUUCAUUUCGAUGUGUUUGCAAAUCUGGUUUUACCGGACGGCCAUGCCAAGAUAUCAAUGAAUGUGAGGACGUCGAAGAGAUUUGCAUGCACGCUGUCAACAGUCAUUGUAUCAACUCCAUUGGUUCAUUUCAAUGUGUUUGCAAAUCUGGCUUUACCGGAUGGUCAUGCCAAGAUAUCAACGAAUGUAUGUAUGAAGAUCAAGUGUGCAGUGGACUACGGAAUAGUGAGAACCGCAUCUGCCAUAAUACAAACGGGUCCUACCAAUGCCCAUGUGUGGAAGGAAAGUAUGAUGGAAACUGUUCAGAUAUUGACGAAUGCAAGACAGACAAGGACGUCUGCACUGAUGUUAAGAAUAGCUAUUGUGCAAACACUAAAGGAUCAUUUGAAUGCACGUGCAAAAGAGGCUUUACUGGACCUCCGUGUCAAGAUGUGGAUGAGUGCGAACAAGACAAGGAUAUCUGUAAUGGGAAUGCUCGCAGUUACUGUCAAAACACAAUUGGAUCUUACCAAUGUGUAUGCACAGAUGGCUACUCUGGAUUGUCAUGCGAAGACAUCAAUGAAUGUACAGAUGAAGCUGACGUAUGUAGCGGCGAGAUCAACAAUGAGAAUCGAGCUUGUUCAAACACGAUCGGGUCCUACCAUUGUCCAUGUUUGGCAGGGAAUUACGACGUCAACUGUUCAGCUCUGGUUGGUGUUACUAGCUCUACUGAUGUCCGUACAACGGCCACAGUUGCGGUUUCUAUAUCUACAGGUCUGGUUGUCUUGAUUCUGGCCACUCUGGUCACCUACAUCGUCAUCAGGAAACGACAGAAAGCUGCAGCUGCUAGAGGAAACCAAACACAGAAUGAUCUGCCUGUGGACACUGUCAGCGCCUCCGAUCAAAAGCCGGAGCUACACCAGAAUGCGCCUGCCGUAGUUUACUACCAGACUGUGGGCGCAAAUGGACCAGAGGAGAAUGAAUAUAGCGUUGCAAGCGCUGGUGCCACAUCUCACACACGUCUUGACAACGCCGCCGAGCAGCGCGACUCGAUCUAUGCCCUUGCAACUGAUGGAUCGGUAAACGCACCUGAGUAUUCUAACCCUAUUGAAUCUAGUCAGGGAAGAGCCAUCAACAAGGCCACGAUAUCCUCCAGGAACGCAGCACCUCCAAGCAACCAAGACUGUGGGGAAGACGACUUGGGUUUUUACGCCUUGGCAACUGAGUCAAGUGAAUCCAGAGGUGGAACAUCGGAGCCACGCGUGUCAGAGAUCUCACAUGGAACUCAGAUCACCUCAACCACUCGCGCAACCCCAGAGAAACCGACCCCGUAUGCCAAUUUGAUCUCCAAUUGGAGAACAGAUCUCUCCAAUUUACCUGAACUCGCCGCUGCUGCUCCUGAUGUGCCCAUCUAUGAAUACACCAAACUAUCUCAUGACUCGACGACUCCUCAGACGCAGAAUCUCCGUUAUGACGAGUUGCAUGUUCAAGACACGCAAUAUGCUGCCGUCGCACCAACACGGGCAACACGCCAGACCUAAGUUUACACAUCUCUUGUGCGUCUACAAAUCCAUCGCGUGACGCUACCACAGUACGAAACGUAGCCAUACGUCUGAAUCCACGAUGAUCAAUGGGCGAAAAUCUUUACUUGCACCCUCGUUUCACCUUUGUUUACAUUCAUAGUUAUCUCCUUGACGGACAAUCCACGAAUAAGAUCAUUUCUUCAUGCAUUUGGAAGACAUCCUACUCACUCAUUGCCUCACUGCUCUUGUGCAUGUCUAUGUCAUUUACGCCACAAAGGUGAUGACUGUAUUAUCCGUAUGGCGCCUCAUGCAUCAGGUGACGUUACGCCGAAUGAGCUCAACGUUCAUUUCCACUCGCAGUAUGAUUUAGCUUUAUCCAAUGCACAACAUUUUCUCCCCUGUGUGACUUCAUGUAUUUUGCACCCCUUGGGAUAUGGCACGUCCUUCGUUACAACUCAACCCGUUCAGAACUUUGUUUUGCCUGUGCGCCAAUUUCAUCGUUUUCUCAUUAGUAUUCCAAACAUUGUAUGACUCAUUGCCCUGUCAAUGCUACUGCCCUACCUCCUGUUCGAUAUUUCCACGUACAUUGUAAUGUCAUCGCAUAGGUUCUAUUACUUGUCGCACUGCUAACCGAUGCAUUGAAACACAUUUCCAUUUUGGUGUUGUA